CUUGGAUUAAUUUGUGUAGCUCAAGUUGUUCUAGAACCUUGUAUGGUUCACAUUUCUUUGUUCCUAGCGCAAUGCGAAAACCCUUUUGGUUUGAGCGUUGUCGCCUAUCAGUGUAGCACAGCCACUUCGUUUCACUAGAGUACUGAAGAUCAGCAACAUGGUGUGCAGUUUGUUUUUCGUAGCAAUCUUCAACUGAAACAAACCAUAAAAAUUUCGAAGGGAAUGAAAUCGUUUUAUCCAUUGACUGGCAAUAGUCGGUGCCUUUCAGAGUUUUUUGAUAACUACUAGCUCUAUUAUACUUCUGCUUCUCGCGUCCAAAAUAUGGCCGACCGUUUUAUUGCAUUCGCGGACACUGCAGCUCAGGUGUCUGAGGAUCCGGCGGAAGCAGACCGCUGCAGCGGCCAGCUGACGCCCGAUCAGGCAAAGAACAUGGCGAUUGUCAGCCGCAUGCUGGACAGCUGGGUCUCCGGGGCGUUUCAUCCGCACUUGGCGAAACUCCCGCCCCUUGCAGAGGUGUCUCUCGUUCCUUUGGCGGUCGCGGGGACGCGAAAGUCGAUGAUGAAAGGAAGAACGAACGAGAAAAGAGAGUCGGGCGAUCCUCAAAGAGGACCGGCUAGCGUGGAUUCCCAUUCAUCGCCGCACCGACCCUUUGAGCCGCCUGCCAGAACCGUGACGCCGGAUGAUUCGAGAGCACAGGGUGCGAAAAAGGAACACGAUUCGCGAUCGAUUGACAGUGUCGUGGCGACAACAACAAUACUGCUUAAACAACGAUCCGAUGAAGACAACAAGCUUCUAACACAACCUAGCUUCAUCGUGACUGCGACCCCGACCCUGAUCAGUGCAACGGCCGCAGACCUUGAGCAACCGGUAAGCCUGCUGAGCGAAAUUAGCAAGAACGGGAGUCGCGAGGCAUUUGAAAAACUGAAGUUGGAGAGCGACCAGGCCUCAAGUCCGCGAUCCACAGCCUACUGCUCUCCAGCCUUAACGGACUCCGCGGCCAGUAGCGAUCCAGAAAACUGCGACGAGCUCAGCUUGGUGUUUCAGGAAAUGACAGAAGCGGAGCGGAGAGAGGAAGAGAAGGAAGGAACAACAAAUGCCGUAGCAGAUCGCUCUUCGAGCCGCGAAUCGUCCAGACGAAAGAGUAAUCGCUAUUCCAAGAUGCAGCGCGCGUCCGUCGGCAGCUGCGAUAUCGAACCGGAGGAGUCCUCCGUUCGUGUAAUUAAAAAGUCCACGCAGGACCAGGAUGACGAAGUGCAGGACGAACUGUCGGAACAAAAUCCCAUCCCUGAACCGCAAGAUCCGAGGCCACCCUUACCUGCUGAUGUUCGGAAUGUUUUGAAAAAUUUCUUCGAGGACGAUUUUUCGUGCGAUUGCCGGGGACCCCGUGGUUCCGUCUUUCGUGAAUACGAGGGCCUGGACGAAAGCGCUUCCUGGUUGCAAUUUUUAAGUGGGCAGGCGAUCUCUAUUCGGCAAUCGCAGCUCUUCCCCGGACCACCCGACAGUGGAAAGGUGUACUUCGACUGGAAAUAUGUCGUGCGAAGCACCAACAAUGCAAAUUCGGAUUCGACUACAGCUGAAGGAGCAGAGAAGACCGAAGUAGAGCAUCACGACAUGAUCUGCUACAGUGUCGGGAAGCGUCGGAUCUCACACAUGAGGUCAUUUUUCGGAAAUGCGAAGGGCUGGGACGAAAUCGUUUUCAAGCAGAUGAACCAAAGUGAGGCUCUUUAAGCGAUAGUAAGCAGCUGCUUGUGGAAAAGAAAAAACAUGAGUUUCGCCGUCCUGCUGAUGUGUAAUAUUAUUCGACCAAUGUUGAUACUGAUAGUGAUAGUACGAACAUGCAGAAGAUGUUUCAUAUCCAGAUUCAUAUCAAGGAGCCAGUGUACGGUAUUACUAGCAAUCUACCGACUGUAUGUAUGAUGUACCUAAUCCAAGCGUUUAUGUUUUGCUUGUCUUGUUUUGCUUUGGAUUCUUCGACGCCAAUCACAACUAGAAAAGUGCCCAUUUGAUUUGGCGCAUCGAUCAACCAAGAGCAUGAUGAUUUGCAAUUUGGUUUUGCUACUCUUGAAUGAUGUGCCGGUUCGCUAGUCCUCUUCGAUUCUCAAUCACUUGGACAAGCACGGCAGACGAGCAGAACCAAAAUAAUAGAUCGCGUGUAUGGAAAAGCAUGAGCAACUAGAUAAACAGAUUUACGAC